UCUGCACUCUCGGUGUUGAUGGCUGUGGUCAUGUGACGCGUCUCUUGUCAAGGUGCGGGGUAAAGGUACACACAGAGAUACAGGGAAGAGCGCGGACCAAAUACACUUCAACAGCAUUUUCUCCGGACGUCAAAUAAGAAACAGGGAUAAUGUCCAUUAGCCGGAAAAACUGGUCUGCUCUGUCGUCGCUGACUCGACAGUGGACUGUGGAGGAUGAGGAAGAGGUGGAGAGAGAGAAGAGGAGGAAGACAAGGGGCUCGAGCACUACCGCGGACACAGAUGAAAGUCCCACUGAAGAGAUCAACCUGCACAACAGUAGUGUUAGCGGACCUGUUGAAGCUGGUGACUCCAGUGGCGACUCUGGUGGCGGUCUGGCCCAGCUACAGAUGGACUUUGUGGAGAUGCUGCGAGUCCGUGAUGAGCGGCGGAGGAUGAGGCACGUGGAGACUCUGAGGAAGCACAAGGAAGGAGAGGAGGGGGACAUAGAGGACAUCUUGGAUGGGGAGCCUCAUGUUGAGCUGCUGGGGGAGAAGCGGGACGAUGAGCUCAGGGAUAAUGUUCAGCGCUGCAAGGAGGCCCUCGUGCCAUCAGAGCCCUCAGAAACGCAUGAGAAGCGAAAUGGAAGCCCAAAACAAGAUUCAACAUCACUUACUCCCACAAAAUCCUCUCGAAAAUUUGUGAGCUCUGUCUCCAUCUCCUUCGAUAAGAGUCCCACAUCACCACCAGCCAACAGCAGAGUGUUUUCUCCUCUGAGCCUCAGGUUUCCACCCACUCAGGAUUCUGAGGUGGAGCCACCAUACAGCCCCGCCCACUCAGGCUCUAUGAGCCCCACACCAAAUGGAGACACGCUGACACAUGAAAAUGGGUCACCUAGCAAUUUUGAGCCAGCCCCAAAACCUGCAUUCACACGGCAGAGCUCCAGAACAGCGUCUUUCAGGAUGAUGAGGAAGAAGGAGGGAGAAAGGAUGCCGUUACAGAGAAGUGCAAGUGUGCGAACUUCAGCGAAGACUUUUGAAUCUAAUAAGAGCCCUGAACAAGACGAUGAAGAGCAGUCCCCAUUUCAGAGAAACUCUGGACAAAGAAUAUCAUCUAGAUCCAUUCAGGAGAAAAUGGAAAGACUGUCUCAAGCAUCACAGAAAUGGCAGAUUGCCAAAUCGCCGAUAGUUCAUAAGACGGUGUGUUUAGCGGACGAAGUGUCAAGGAAGAGGGAGCUCUUUGAGAAAGAACAGGAGGGAUCGGAGAAAAUUAACUUGUUCUCCAAACAGGACUUUCGCAGUUUUUCUUCUGGAAUUUCUGAUCGAAUCAAUCGUUGGGUUCAGAGGAAAACAUUUACUGUGUCACCAUCUCAUAGUCCUUCGGAUCUAAGACAUGUGAACAUCUCCAGUAAGAAAAGUUUGUUUGAAAGAGGACAAGAACAGGACCACAAAUGACAUUCUCAUUGCUAAAGGUAAGAUUCUGGAGAUCUUGAAAGAAGCAUGACUGCCAAACUCUUCCAGACAGUCAGUGCCAAGGAUUGUCUCUAAACUCCUUACUUUUGCUUCUUUGCCUCGGCUUUUCACGACAUUGUGCUGAUUCACUUUCUUUGAUAAAUUAAAGGCUUGUGUUUUUAUUUGUAGCAUUUAGAAAGUUUAUACUGAUUGAUUUUGGGAUGCAACUGUAACUUAAUAAUGAUGUCUUACUAAACAAAAUAAGAACAUCACAGGGAUUAUUUCAACUAAUUUCUCAGGAUUACAACCAUACUGCCAUUUUGUGACAAACUGCGAUCUUGUUUCUCGAUAUACUCUGUCAUGUGAGUUAUAAGAGGAAGAGGUGUAGUCAGGGCAUAACUCAGAAUAGUACAACUAUAAUGUCCUGAAUGUCCUGAAUUGUUUAACCUUCUCGAAAUAAGCGUUAAAGUUUCAUAUUUCAUGAAUUGGGGAAAUCAUGUGCUGAAACUGAGCUAUGCGUUCUGUUUGCUGUUGUUUCAACUUGCCAGAGUCUCGAGUCACAAUAUGAAAAUGUAUUUUAAUGAAGAAAUGUCAAAAUGGACGUGCCCUUUUAACCCCUUUGCUUACUAACUCAGGAAAAGUUGCAAUCCAACAACAGCCUACGUUUCUUUCUUUAAGCAAACCUUAAUGUCUUGUCAUGUAAUUGUGGUUUCUGCCUAGAAGGGUCAUCUUGUAGAUUAAUAAAAAGUUUUAUA